CGGGGAACAAGCCUUCCCGCCAGGCACGCGAGUGAAUGUGACUGGCCGUCGAGCGCGUCCGUCAUUUGCGUGAAUCGGCGCGAAGAAUAACAGGAAGUGUUCGAAGAAUGUCUGACGCCGACAACACGAUGUCGUGAGGAUCACAAUGGAGCCAAGAAAACCAAGCAUAGCUUUCAAAGAGUUCACGUUUGAAGACGUCAAGAAAACUACAGCGGAGUUCCUGUCAGUCUCCAUACCUGAGGUUCUUGAUCCUCAGUAUGGCAUGUAUGUGUGGCCGUGUGCAGUGGUGCUGGCUCGGUAUCUCUGGACACAGAGAGAGGAGCUUACACACAAGAGCGUGCUGGAGCUCGGUGCAGGUGUGAGUCUCCCAGGUGUGGUGGCUGCACUCUGCGGCGCACAGGUGAUCCUGUCAGACAAUGCCAGGAUUCCUCGGUGUCUGGAGAACUGCAGACGCAGCUGUGAAGUUAAUGGCCUCAGUGACGUGGUUGUGAUGGGUCUCACCUGGGGCGAGAUCUCCCCGGACCUAGUUCUGCUUCCAAAGCUAGACAUCAUCCUGGGGUCAGAUGUUUUCUAUGAGCCUCAAGAUUUUGAAGAUGUGCUUGUGACUGUUGCUUUUCUUCUGAGGAGAAACCCCAGUGCUCAGUUCUGGACCACGUACCAGGAGAGAAGUGCUGACUGGUCCAUUGAAGUGCUGCUGCACAGGUGGCAGUUGCAUUGUGUGGAGGUGCAUGUGGAGGACUGUGCUGCUGAUGAAUGUUCUCCUGACAGACACAGUGUCCACAUGAUGAUGAUCACAGUGAAGACACAGGAAGUUCACAGGACUGUGACUUCCUGAAAGACAACACAACUCCUGCUUGUCUUUAUCACGGUGGGUUCAGUUGAUGAGAGGGAGAAGGUGCCAUGUUACUUUCAGAGAGAAAGAAAAUCUAACUCAUUUAUUGUGAUCUGUAAAUUGAAGCCACUGAAGUCAACUUUAUUAGUUUCGUUGUAGAUUUGUGAACAGAAAUGUACAGGACCUUUUUAUUAGCACGUUACCUUCAUGUGGUUUGUGUCCAAAACAUAUAAAUGUAUGCCCUGAAGUUUGUGUCACUGUGUAAACCACACACUCUCCCAGUGAUUUUAACAUCACACACACAGGAGUUGUUGAUCCACUGCUCCCUCCAUCACUAAGUUCAAAUGUCUUAUUUUGUCACUUCAGUUUUUAAUAUAUUUAAUUUAGACUUAACUCAGUGACACAAAGUGACCACACGAGACAGCAGAGGACCAGCAGCUCCUGUGUCCCCGCAGCUAAAAUCACUGAUUUUCUCUAUGAGGUUUGGUGUGGGAGAGUGAGUGGUUUACAGACGUCUGUGUAACAGUGAGAUAAAGACGUGAUCAUGUGACGUAAAUGUCAUAGACUUAAACUAACCUAGAUUUGAACAGCUGAGAGGUCGACUUUUCUUUUUUUUACAGCAAUGAGAUGGUGGACAAUAUUCUACACUGUACUACUUCAUUUUAGACUCAAAAGCAUUGCUGUAAUGUACAAUAUUGAUCAUCAAAGCAGUGAGCAACAACUAAACAAAACAAAAAAACCUCGACCUCCCUUGUCUUUGGGUAAAUGAAGGGAUUUUAAUCCUACUCUCUGUCUUUUCUUCUGCCAAAUAAAUGCUGAGAUCAGUUUGUCUAACAUGUAUAAAGUGGGGGCAGGUACACUGCUUAAUACCUAAGUCCUGGUUUGGACCAGCAAAAAGAGACAUUGUCAUUUAAUUGUGUAGGCUCAUCAUAGCUUCUGAUUUAUUUUCAUUCAUUUUGUUUCCAGAAACUGACCCAUAUUCAUGUAGGCAUUUCAUAAGAGCGGGGAUGGAAAGAAGUGUAAAAUAUCAAAGUGUAUAUUUCUCCUCAAGUACAAAUUAAAAUUGUUUGUUCUCUA